GCCUGUGUGUGUGCGAGUACUCGCGGUGAAUCGCUCCAGCAUCCUUCUGCGCAGGCAAUGGAGCAAAUAUAGAUGUGGAUAUAAAAAGAAAAAAAAAUCCACUUUCAAAAAAUAUGUAAUCGUGGAAUAAGUUUUUUUUUUCUUUUUUUGCGGCGUCGGCAGCGUGAGAUGAAGAAAAAGGGAACAUGGAAGACUGGAUUUUAUGCUGCGCUUUCGUGGAGCGCGGACCGUUAUUUUGAGAGAAAUAAUGCGGAAUAUUCCCCCCUGUAGGUGUUAACGUAGAAAAUACAAAAAAAAAAAAAUAAUAAUAAUAAAAAAAAUGAAGAAGCAAUUCAAUCGGAUGCGACAGCUCGCCAACCAAACGGUGGGAAGGGCGGAAAAAACAGAAGUGUUGAGCGAGGACCUUCUGCAGGUGGAGAAGCGUCUGGAUCUGGUCAAACAAGUGACACACAGCACUCAUAAGAAGCUGACUGCCUGCCUGCAGGGUCAGCAGGGGACUGACAUGGAGAAGAGAUCCGUCAAGUCACCUUCUAAAAAAUUACCACUCACUAUCCUGGCACAAUGUAUGGUCGAGGGGGCGGCAGUGUUAGGGGAUGACUCUCUACUGGGGAAGAUGCUGAAACUCUGCGGGGAGACAGAGGACAAGCUGGCCCAGGAGUUAAUCCAGUUUGAGUUUCAGAUAGAGAGAGAUGUAGUGGAGCCUCUGUAUGUGCUGGCUGAGGUGGAUAUUCCCAACAUCCAGAAACAAAGAAAGCACUUAGCUAAACUCGUCUUGGACAUGGACUCUGCACGGACAAGAUUUCAGCAGUCAUCCAAGUCAUCCAGUCACCCGAGCACUCUGCAGCCCGGUGCCAAGUCCGAGUCCCUCCGAGAGGAGAUGGAGGAGGCAGCCAAUCGGAUGGAGAUUUGCAGGGAUCAAUUGUCAGCAGACAUGUACAAUUUUGUGGCCAAAGAAAUAGACUAUGCAAACUACUUCCAGACACUGAUAGAAACCCAGGCAGAGUAUCACAGGAAGUCAUUAGAGAUUCUUCACAGUGUCCUGCCCCAGAUUAAAGCGCACCAAGAGGCGUGGGUGGAGAAGCCAUCGUUCGGCAAGUCUCUGGAGGAACACCUGAAUAUUAGCGGGAGAGAGAUUGCAUUCCCGAUCGAAGCCUGUGUCACCAUGCUGUUAGAGUGUGGCAUGCAGGAAGAGGGUCUCUUCAGAGUGGCUCCAUCAGCAUCCAAGCUGAAGAAGCUGAAAGCCUCCCUGGACUGUGGAGUUCUUGAUGUGCAGGAGUACUCCUCUGAUCCGCACGCCAUCGCAGGCGCUCUAAAAUCAUACCUCCGUGAACUCCCUGAGCCACUAAUGACCACUGAACUUUAUGAUGAAUGGAUUCAGGCUUCCAAUAUUCAAGAUAUGGACAAGAGACUACAAGCCUUAAUGGCGGCGUGUGAAAAACUCCCCACAGACAACUUGAACAAUUUCAGAUAUCUCAUCAAAUUCUUAGCCAAGCUGAGUGAAUAUCAAGAUGCAAAUAAAAUGACUCCUGGAAAUAUGGCCAUCGUGCUCGGCCCCAACCUGCUCUGGACACACACUGAACCGAACAUGACCGAGAUGAUGACCACUUUGUCCCUGCAGAUCGUCGGCAUCAUUGAACCAAUUAUUCAACAUGCGGACUGGUUCUUUCCUGGAGACAUUGAAUUCAACCUGACGGGCAGCUACGGCAGCCCGGUCCACACCAACCACAACUCCAACUACAGCUCCAUGCCCUCCCCAGACAUGGACCAAUCCGAUCGCAAGCAGCAGCACGACCAGAGCCGGCGCCCACUAAGCGUCGCCACUGAUAACAUGAUGCUGGAGUUUUACAAGAAGGAUGGAGUAUUCACGCAUCCAGUGAAUCCUGACCCCCGCCAGCCCACGCAGAGCAUUAGGAAGAUACAAAGUAUGGGUGUGCGGGUUAUGGAUACCUCCUGGGUGUCUCGGAAGGGAUCAUCCACGUUGGCGCGUAAAGCCUCCUCCACCCCGCCGGGCAUGCAGGGCUCUGGAUCCCCCGCAGACUCGCUGAUCCCCGAGCAACCUGGGGAGCUCACCACCUCCCCCUCGGCAACACCGCCCCCGGGAGAAAGGGUUUGCUCAGACAACGUGUCGCCCAUUCGGCCGGACACCUCUCAUGCCCACCCACCCCCUGGGGAGGACCGGCCACCCCCCCCUUACCCCACCUCCUCGUGCCACACUGCCCCACACCACUUCUAUCCCAAACCCCCGCCCUGCGCUCGCCCCGUGGCACCAGGUCCAGAGUCUCAACCCCCCGCCUCACCCCCGCCCCCCUUGCGCUGGUCUGGCUUCAUUCCCCCAGCCCCGCCCCCUUCCUCCUCUUCUUCCUCUUCCUCCUCGUCUCUUGACAUCAAUUCGAACCCCAAACCCAGCUGUCUACACUUCCCCAAGCACAGCCCCCCUGGUGACAUGUCGCACGCCCCCCCGCCAGACACUAAUGCGUCACCACUGUACAUCAAAACCCCCUUGGUACUAACCCGCCAUGACCAGUCCCUUGGCAACCCCCCUAGCCUUCCUUCGUCUGCGCCCCCGCCCCCACCGUGGGCUGCCUGUCCAUGUGCCCGAGAGAGAGGACCCCCCAGGCUGACUAGUUCACUGAAGAGUAAAGAGCUCUCCCCUGUAAUUGGACACAAAGCCAUCCAGGUGGCAGGUCCAACAGUUCCCCCCAGCAGUAGUCCUCAGAGCAGCAGCCAAUGCCCCCACUCCACAGAGCACAGUCCACACAGUCUGCGUAAAGGUUCCAAGAAACUGGCCCCUGUGCCUCCCAAAGUCCCAUAUGGCCAGUCUGGUGGGAUGUCCGACCAGUCCACAGGUCAGCCGUCACCAGUCAGCCUGUCCCCCACCCCUCCUAGUACCCCUUCUCCUUAUGGACUGGCUUGCCCUCCGGGGCAGGUGCCCCCAUCAUCCCCUGGGCAAACCCCACUGGGGGCACCCCACUCACUUUCGUCCCCGCCUUCCCUGACCGGAACACUCACCAAAUCGCGACCUGCCCCUAAGCCCAGGCAAAGGCCCAGCCUGCCCCCACCUCAGCCGCCAACAGCGCCCCCGGGGUUCACUGGCCCAGGCACAGCACCCAUACCCCAGCCUCUGGAGCAGGGUCUUCUGGAUGGCCUAUCACCUGGGGAGAGCAUGUCUACAGAUAUCUUCAAUUAUGAAAUCCCCUCCAUCAAUGUCAAUCUGGACAGCCUCAUCGAUGAGUUCAGCGGUGCCCCCUGCAGGAGGUCCCUGGCAGUGACAGACUCUCCAGAGGGGGAUGCUGUGCCUGAGGAGGAGCCCCAGAGCACCACUCUAUGACCUCUGACCCUAAGGCAUCACAGCUUACCAGCACCCCUAUGGCUGUACAUACUCUUUAACUGUCGCCGCCAAGGCCUGAUGGAAAGAAAACACCAAUUGGCCUCACCAAUGCCCACCUGAAACCAGAACUCAAACCCUCCCUCACAUCCGCUAGAGGCUGCGACGAAACUCAUCCCUUACAAUUGCUCGCUAGUCCAUAAAUAAAUGUGACUACAAAACAAAA